UUCUACUACUCCUGGGCUGCUCAAUAAAUCAGUGAGUUCUUUAUUGACUAUUGGCUCUCGGACUUGAGAUAGUGAUCUCCUUGCUGAUAUGUUUGCAGAUCAGGAUAGAGACCCGAAACUAAGCAUUCCGCUAAGAUGCUCUUCUCACUGGGAUCACUGGUAUUGAAUACAUGAAACUUCAGGCCUUUACUCUGUCAGAAGUGCUUACCGUUCACUGCAAGUCCUUCAUGGUCGCUGGGUUUUGGACAAUAAUUGUGGUUUUUGGCGUACUCUUUGGACUCUUAAUAUUCUCCAAAAGUCAAGAAUUUCUUGUGGCGUGCUGCCUUAGGUUGCCUCCCCACCAACCUGAAUUUAAAGCUGCGUUUUGCGGACAUUAGCUCCAGCUGCCCUAUUUGUUUGAAGGUUAAUGAAUCGGUUACUCAUGCUCUUCUUUUUUGCCCUUUUGUUUUGUCUUGCUGGUUCACGUUUGGGAUUACUAUAGGGCCUGAUAAGCGCGAGAAUUUUGGGAGCUGGUUGGAGCAAACUCAAGGAAUCAGUAAGAAAACUUUGCUGAUUAGUAUGCUUUGUUGGAGUAUUUGGAAAGCUCGCAAUGACUUCGUUUGGAGAGGAUAGUCACUCUUUUGGUUUUGGUUGGGCAGUUAGGGACCAUUGUAGUACUCUCAUUAAGGCUAGGAGUAGUCAUCUGAGGUGUGGCUUGGUUCUUCCCCACGUUGCUGAAGCAAUCGGAGUCAAGGAGGCUCUUAGUUGGAUUAAAUCUCAGCUGCUGCAGAAUGUUAUUAUAGAGUCUAACUGUCAUUUGCUUGUUCAGUUCAGGCUAUUCAUAGCUCUACCUCCUUGCUUUCUCCUUUUGGGAAUAUUGUUAGGGAUUGUCAAGUGUUAUUGUCUCAUUGUACUAAUGUAUAUUCAGUUUGUGAAGCAUUCUCUUAACCAUGUAGCUCAUUGUUAGGAGCUCUUGUUAUAA